CCUUUUAGUGCUGGUACACAGCUUUCCAGGCCCUUGUCGUUGAGUUCUCUGCGCCUUCAGAGUCCUUUGAUGGAAGCCGUUUCCAAUGCGAAGAAAGUGGCGGGCAAUCCGACGUUCCAUUUUCUAGAAACCAUAGGCAGCCAUGAAAUAUCCAGCAUGGCAAUCUACCUGAAAAAGCUGAUGGAUACUGGACAUCCUCUUACAGCCACUGUCGAACGCUUGAUGACGCCGGAAAACGAAACUGAUUUGAGUAGAGGCUUAAUCGUUUGGCUGGUAUCCCAGGCAGCCAAAUGCGAGCCGAGUGAAGACAUUCUGCCUGAACAGAAAAAACUUGCAGAAAUUACGCAAAUGAUACACACUUCUCACGAGAUUCACUCGGGAAUAAUAAAUCUUGAAACUCCAAACGAAGAUCUAGAACUCGGCAACAAGCUGGCACUCCUGUGUGGUGAUUUCAUUCAGUCACGUUCGAGUGUUUAUCUGGCAGCCCUUCGAAACCUCAAAAUAAUGGACCUGUAUGGUCAGGCCAUUUCGGAAUUCAGCGCUUCUGAAUUCGUAGAACUAGUCGCUGAUGAAAAGCAUAGUGAGCUGGAUAAAUGGAGUCAGCAAACAAAAAUGAGAUAUGGCAGCUUGUUGGCGCAUUCGUGUCAAUCAACGCUGAUGAUCGGUAACAACACGGAACUCUUACUAUGCGGGAAACACUUUGGACUUGAAAUCGCAUUAGCUUGGCAGGCGAACGUUACGCUGCAAAGCUACAAGAAAGCAACGAAUAAAGAAGAACAUGUUCUGACCAAAGUUUUCCCCGGAGCUUCUGUCCAAGAAGCUGUCUCACGUUUUCAAGUCGUACGCGACAAUCACGUUGACGCGGCGUUGAAAAUGGCCAACGAGUUCCCUAAAAACGAGGCCAAACUUGCCCUGUGUAAUAUCGCAAGAGUACUCAAGUGCUGACUGGUUUAUUUUAGAAUUAUACCUUUUUUAUGUUCACGUGACAUUUGCAUUUUCGAUGGAGGAAAUUUCAUGUUCAAAUGUUUUUCUUUUUGGUCGAAUUAACCAUGUGGGGUUCCCCGCACAUUCUACGCCGUUUGGGAAAAGUAGCUUUACCUGUUUGACUGGUGUAUGUUAAUAUAUUUUUUUUUAAUGCUUUAAAAGAAACGUAUGGUCUAUAUAUCCGACAGAGAGAUACAGCUAAAAAAAGAAAUCUUGUGAGCUAAUAAGAAACUUUCGAAAGAAAAAAAAACUGA